GGAGGUGCAGGAGAGAAGCCCUGGCCUGGCCGAGCCCGGGUCUUCCCGCAGCCAGUGACAGUGGCCACAGGCCUCGCCUAGCCUACCCCAGCCUGGGGCGGGGCCCGACCUCCCCGCCCCGGACCCCGCCCCUCUGGCCAGCCUUGCGCCGGGUCAUUCUCUUAUUCAGCCCUGCGGCGGUGUAACUGCCUUCCACCUCGCAGAUUGGAAACUCCCUUGCUCCGGUCGCUGGGGAACAUGGAGUUUGCGGAGCUGAUUAAGACCCCACGGGUGGACAAUGUGGUGCUGCAUCGUCCUUUCUAUCCAGCCGUUGAGGGGACCUUAUGUUUGACUGGCCACCAUCUGAUCUUGUCCUCCCGGCAGGACAACACGGAGGAGUUGUGGCUCCUCCAUUCAAACAUCGACGCCAUCGACAAGCGAUUUGUGGGACCACUGGGUACCAUCAUCAUAAAAUGUAAAGAUUUUCGAAUAAUUCAGUUGGAUAUUCCUGGAAUGGAAGAAUGUUUGAAUAUAGCCAGUUCCAUUGAAGCAUUGUCUACCCUGGACUCCAUCACUCUGAUGUACCCUUUCUUUUACCGGCCCAUGUUUGAAGUGAUAGAAGAUGGCUGGCAUUCCUUUCUUCCUGAGCAAGAGUUUGAACUCUACUCUUCAGCUACCAGUGAAUGGAGGUUGAGCUAUGUCAAUAAGGAAUUUUCAGUCUGCCUCUCUUACCCGCCAAUUGUCAUUGUGCCCAAAUCCAUUGAUGAUGAAGCUCUUCGGAAGGUAGCUACAUUUCGACAUGGAGGACGCUUCCCCGUACUCAGCUAUUACCACAAAAAAAAUGGAAUGGUAAUUAUGCGAAGUGGUCAGCCACUGACUGGCACAAAUGGGAGACGGUGCAAAGAAGAUGAGAAGCUGAUAAAUGCCACCCUUAGAGCAGGAAAGCGUGGCUACAUCAUUGAUACCCGAUCUCUUAAUGUAGCUCAGCAAGCUAGAGCUAAAGGCGGUGGCUUUGAACAAGAGGCGCAUUAUCCCCAGUGGAGGCGGAUUCAUAAGUCCAUUGAGAGGUAUCACAUUCUUCAGGAGAGCUUAAUCAAACUGGUGGAAGCUUGUAAUGACCAAACACAUAACAUGGACCGAUGGCUCAGUAAAUUGGAGGCCUCAAACUGGCUGACUCACAUCAAAGAGAUUCUGACAACUGCCUGUCUAGCAGCUCAGUGUAUUGACAGGGAAGGAGCAUCCAUACUGAUUCAUGGAACAGAAGGUACUGAUUCCACACUUCAGGUUACCUCCCUGGCUCAGAUCAUCUUGGAACCAAGAAGCAGAACCAUCCGUGGUUUUGAGGCCCUGAUAGAAAGAGAGUGGCUACAGGCUGGUCACCCAUUCCAACAGCGCUGUGCACAGUCAGCCUAUUGUAAUAGCAAGCAGAAGUGGGAGUCACCUGUAUUUCUUCUCUUCUUGGACUGUGUGUGGCAGAUUCUUCGUCAGUUCCCUUGUUCUUUUGAAUUUAAUGAGAAUUUCCUCAUCAUGCUCUUUGAGCAUACUUAUGCCUCACAGUUUGGAACAUUUCUGGGCAACAAUGAAAGUGAAAGAUGUAAGUUGAAGCUACAGCAGAAAACGAUGUCUCUGUGGUCUUGGGUCAAUCGACCCAGUGAACUGAGUAAAUUCACCAACCCUCUCUUUGAAGCCAACAAUCUUGUCAUCUGGCCUUCGGUUGCUCCACAGAGUCUUCAGCUCUGGGAAGGUAUUUUCCUACGUUGGAACAGAUCCUCCAAGUAUUUGGAUGAAGCAUAUGAAGAAAUGGUUAACAUCAUUGACUAUAAUAAGGAAUUACAAGCAAAAGUAAAUAUCCUUAGGAGGCAGUUGGCAGAACUGGAAACUGAAGAUGGGAUACAGGAGAGUCCCUAAAAGAUAUCCCCACACCGUGUAAGGACAUUCUCACACCACUUCUCUUGCCCUUCAGCUCACUUUUACACAGUAGCCUUGAACUUAAGGCUUAGAUGUGAGAACCCUUUAAUGUAAUGGAUUUCUCAAUAUUUUAUGAACAAAACUUAUUAUAAUUACUCAUGUUUCAUGUGGCCAGUUAGGCCUCUUCACUUCGGGAGCAGGAAGGAGGUGCUAGUCAUUUUAUUUUAGGUGAAUCAGGUGACUUAUGUAAUGCCAUUUUGUGUUAUAUGCCAUUUCAUUAUAAGCUUUUCUUUGUAUCCACUUUCCAAACAGUGCUCCAGACCAGUCAAGGAUAUGAUUAAUCUCUUUGGGGAACAUUUGUCAGUUUAAAAAAGGAUCAGACAUUUAAACACUUUGAAUAUAAAAAUAUUUUUCAAAACUGAAGUGGUGGAUAAACCAAGAAUUUUAUGUUUAACAUGUCAUUGCCAAUACCUGUGCCGUUCUCUUUAAAAUAGUUUUGGACCAUCAAGCUGAAUUCAUUCUCAUUCUGGUUUGUCAAGAAAUUCUGAGUAGUUAUUCAAGGUAAAUUAUUUUUACAAGGGUAACAGGUAUAGUCCUCUGAUAUUUACAUUUUAACAGUAGACACUAAAAGUAUGUGCAAUAUAGAAAUGUCUAGGAAUUUGUUACUGAUGUGGUGUUGUUACUGUUGAAUUGGUCUUUCGGGUUUUUGACCGUACAUAUUAAAUGUGUAUCAGAUGCUGGAUGUAACAUUAAAUCAUCAUUUAUAAUAGAUGUUAAUUUGUAAUAACUAAGCUACAAAUAUGGUUUCUUUGAACCAGAGAUGCACUGCCCUUGUCUGAAAUUCUUAUUGCACUGGUUUAUGUAUGUAUGUGUAUGUUUUAUUGUGUUUUAUUAAGUAUUCUAAGAGUUUACUAAUACUAAGGUUACAACUUUCAUGUUGGCUUCAGCCUUUUGAAAAUUCAUCUCGAUUCUGCUGAUUUGUCCAUUAUAUGUUAGGCAAAUAUAAUUUAAGUGGAGGUGAAAGUUUAUGAACGUGAUGCAGCUAUGUUUUAAACGUCAAAAACAGAUUUGAAAUGUUUCAAUGCUAUAGAAACAGUGAUGACUGUAUUAAUGCUAUGCUAGUUUAUGCCACAACUCUGAAAUUUUGCAGCUCAGUGCUUUCCACGUACGUUUCUGUUUUGUGGCACUCCUCAUUUUAACAAACACUAUCAAUUUUAGUUAUCCUUUAAAAUGAUAGUUGAAGAGUAAUCAUUAAUACCAUUUCCGCUCCAUCUGUAUAUAACCAUUUCAGUGUAAAACACACUCAAACUGAACCUUGCUUUUAGAGCUUUGUAUUGAGCUAAAAAUGUAAUUUUAAAAAAUUGACUCUAUCAAAAUCUAUGGCCACAUUCGGAAGCCUUAGAAAGUGGCAAAUUCUUUCUAUCUCGUUGCCCAAGUUUCAUCUCUUUUCUGUUUCCUGAGACUUGUACCGAAAGGCUGGACAAUUCGUAUUCAGAACUCUCUUUUGGUAGAUUUGUCUGCCUUUUCCUCUAAGCUCAGUUUUAUUCUUGACUUAUUUUCUUGGCUAUAGUUAUGAAUCUCAGGGCAUUAAAGCCCUCACCAAAAGGCUAAGGCAAGGAGCAAAGGAGAUGUACUUUCUUGCUAUAGAUAUCUCUGUAUUAUGUGAAACAUCUAUAUAUUUUUUUAUAACAGGAAACACCCUAGCUUUGUUAUGGUCCCUCAAAAUUGCUUGCUGCAUUUAUUUCACACAGCUGACCUUUUUGUUUUCUCCUAAUUUUGUCUCAAGACUAGAUGUGAAGAAGGAGCCUUUGUCUUCUCGGUUAAUGGACCCAUAAGGAAAACCAUAUAGAAAUUUUUUUUUUUUAGUGAUUCUUUAAAAGUGACUUUCCACUGGUGAUAUUGAUUGGCCGUAGGGCUUCUGUGGGUGGAAACUUUGGAGGGAGAUUUUAUCAGGUUUGUUCACAGAUAAAUUGUAUGCCAUCAUUUAUACUUAUCUUCCUGAUGAACAGUUUAUAUGCUGACCAGACAGAGUACAAUAGCGUAGUGUUUCAGUUUCUUUUUAUUUCUCUUAUUGAGACAGCAAUCUUAAGCUGUUUGGACAAGUUUGCAUUUUAGUAUUAAUUUAUAAUCAGGGAUUGUCCAAACCUCAGUUCUGAUUAUAGUUUGUAAAAACAAACUUUGGUAUCAGUGCACUUUCAAAGGGGUCAUCUAAAAUGCAAAUAUUAAGGUUUUCCCAAACUUGAGAACUCUGUCAAAAACAAGUGCUUCAUCAGUAUAACUUGAAGAGGGUUUUCAGUAAUACUAUUAAGUUACCUGUCCCUUGGAUGAGAAGACUACAUGCAAUAGAUAUCCUAGUAAGAAGAUAUUUGUUAAACAUUAAUUUGGAGAAUUGUCUUUGAUAAAUGUGCUUUAAAAACUUUAAUGAAGAGCAUGGUGGCAGAAUUAGUGAGCAAGAAAAUUGCCCCAUAGGAGCCAAUAAUAAUCAAGUGAGAUAUACUCAAGUUCUUGUAUAUUAGGCAUCUUCCAAGUAUUCAUUUACAGUGAACACUGGUUUACAUUUUUGGGAUGCAAAAAGUAUGCCCCAAACAGAAUAUUUUAAAAAUAAAAAGGAUUGCUACAGCCCUCUAUCAGCAAUAUAUAGAUCUUUAGAUUGAAAUUAAUUUUUUUAAUCAAAAGAACAUGAUUGAUAAUAUAAAAAUGCUGACAUUUCUUGGGUGGUAAUACUUAGGUAAAUAUUUGGUCAAAAUUUUCCAUUCCAAUUUUAUUAAAUGGAAGAAAACAAGCAGGAAUUGUAAAAUCUAAUAGGUUUAAAACAAUCUAUAAAUGUGUUUUAUUUCUAAGGAAAAUUGUUGAAGCAAGAUUUUAAAUCCUGCUUUCCCCAAGGUUUUGGAGAAAACUUUGGAAGACAAUAGAUAGUCAUUCAGAUACCAUAUGGGAAAUUUAAAAACUUUUCUUUGAAUUCUGAAACGUCAUUUACAGAAGUGAUAUGCCAUUACUUUUCAUUUUAAAGGAUGAAAAUUAGUGAGAUUUUAGUCUUUGAUUCAGUUAGUAUUUAUGUUAAAUAAAAAAAUCAAUAUCAUGGAAAAGAUUUGCCCAGUAGUUGUCUCAUGCAGUGAAAAAUAAGAAUGUUUUGCUGCAUUUUUAAAAAUCUGGUUAAAGAUGUAACUUUUCUAGUCAAUCUGGUUUCAGGAUUAGCUAUUUUAACUAUAAGUCUUAACGAGGGCAUCAAGUUCACUUAUUAUCAGACCUUAACCUGAGCAAAAGUUUGGGUAUUUACCCAUAUCCGAAUUUAAUGAGUGAAAACUGUAUUGAGAGUAUUAUGAGCACUCUUUACCAGAAAAUUAUUUCCUAGACCAAAAAAAAGGCAAUUUGUAGAAUAGUUGAUUCCCUGUUCUGGCAGCUUUGAAAUUUACCAGAGAAUGAAGUCAUUCCGUACAUCGAAUACAGGUUUAUGCUAUACCUCAAGACAACGUAGAUUAGUUAUUUUUUUAUUCUUUAACAUGUCAGAUUUUUUUCCCCUCCAGAGCUGAUUCUAAGUUAUUACCAGAUAGUAUUUUUAUGUAAUUCACCAUCUUAACCAAAAACAUUAAAAGACUGAUUUCUCCAUUUAUUAUUUAUUCUCAGAUGAUAUGAAAUGCUAAUUUUCUUACAAUAUCAGUUUUCUACUUUUUAUUUUAUUGAAGAAAAGUAAUUUUACCUUCACUCAGUCUUUAUGAUCUAGUGUCCACAGCAUCUUCCUUUAAACCAACAGCCCAGUGGAGACCCUCUGAAACUGUAUAACUCGAUUUUAGACAGUCUGAACUUGUUAUCUAAAUUCUCUCUAAGAAAUCCAAUGUCGUGUUUUUGAACUACACUGUGGAACUGUAGUUUGUGCUUAAUUUACUGAAAGAUAGGCUCACAGUAGACACUACUUUGUCCUGAAUAAUAAUUCCUGAUGAGAGCUUACUGACUUUUAGUCUUUCCUUAAACUAUCUGUGAGUAUACAGAUUAACUGUAUUUGUGAUUUGUAAUUAAAACAAGUUACAGAACACUGCCUGUGUCUGUCUACCCAAGAUAUUUGUUUCACUUUUAAAAUGCACAUAUCUUUGGAGAGGUGGAUUAUUCUACACAAAUACACCCUGAGUUCUGUUGUUUAGAAUACUUAUAGCUCUAUUACCACCUACCCUAAAAAUGUACUUGCACAACUUAGUUACUUAAAAAAAAGAAUAUGUAUUUCUUCAAUAGUGGGUAUUUGAAUUGUACUCUUGAUAUAUUUGAAUGUGACUCUUGGAAUUAAGUGCACUAUUAUUCAUGUCUUACACAAUAAAAUUGCACUGUAUGGCAAAUGUGUCUAUAAUGUAUGCUUUGCUCAGAGUGCUGUAAUGUACAGGUUUCUAUAUUGUGAACCUGUCUAUAGUCUUUGGGAAAAAUACUAAACUUUUGUAGAUGUGUUUAACAUUUUUAAUAUUAUUUAUGAUGUUCCCUAAAUGAUAAGUUCAGGUAUGUCCUAAAACUGGAAUCAUUCAUCUUGAGUUGGCUGCUUUUUCAAGCUUGGUUUAUCAAAUCAAGAAACAACCUUUUUCGAACAUAGUACUGUUAUCUUAGUUUGCAAGAUUUAUGGGUGGUGUUCUCCCUCUGCCUCCUAUGACUGUUGCACAGAUGCUAGUGUUCAAUUUCUAUAGACAAUGGUAAUAAAAUAUGAAUAUAUUCAAAUGCUGGUAAA